ACCUUCAUCUUCACAGACGGGGAGGAUGAGGACCUCAAGAAGCAAGCACGAAACGUCAUCAACACCAACUGCUCGGCCGCCCACAGCCGCCAGGCCCUGUCCUGCAAGAUGGCGGUGGAGUACGACAAGUUCAUCGAGUCUGGCAGAAAGUGGUUCUGCCAUGUGGACGAUGACAAUUACGUGAACGUGCGGACGCUGGUGAAGCUGCUCUCCAGCUACCCCCACACGCAGGACAUCUACAUUGGGAAGCCCAGCCUGGACCGGCCCAUCCAGGCUACGGAGAGGAUCAGCGAGAACAAGAUGCACCCUGUGCAUUUCUGGUUUGCCACGGGCGGAGCGGGGUUUUGUAUCAGCCGGGGGCUCGCGCUGAAGAUGAGCCCGUGGGCCAGUGGGGGCCACUUCAUGAGCACAGCGGAGAAGAUCCGCCUGCCCGACGACUGCACCAUUGGCUACAUCCUCUUCCACUCGCACCUGGAGAACCUCCACCAGGUGCCCAAGACGGAGAUCCACAAACAGGUGACACUAAGCUACGGCAUGUUCGAAAACAAGCGCAAUUCCAUCCACAUGAAGGGAGCCUUCUCUGUCGAGGAGGACCCAUCCAGGUUUCGCUCCGUGCACUGCCUGCUGUACCCCGACACGCCGUGGUGCCCCGCCAACGUGGUUUAUUAGGAGACGCGUGUCCCCUCCAACCUCGUCCCGAAUUUCCCCGGUAUCCGACGGGCGUGCGGGACCUGCGUGCGGGUGUGUCGGUCUGACCUCGCCAUGAGGCGGACAGACGGAUGGACGUCGUUGCUGUGGUAUUGCACAGUGUGUGUGUACUGAAGGCUGCUGUGC